CGUCAGGCCUCAAAUAUUAAAUCUCCGCUGUCCCAAUAUUCUUGGCUUGCACUGUUGUCAAUCGCAUGUAAAUAACGAUCAGCUGUUCGUCAAACUAACGGCAUAACCUCAUUUUACCUGCUGUGCACCAUUUUUGUUCAUUUUCAUUUGUUUCGCAACCGUUAGAAAAAAAUUAUAUGCAUUAAAAUAGAAGCUGGAAUAAAAAAUCAUAAACUCCACAAAUAAUUAAGUAUCACAAAUGUUUUGCGUGCAAAAUAAUCGAAAACAAUAUUAAUACUUUGCGUGUGAAUCAUCGUUGCGGUAAACAAGUAUGGCUCGUUCGGCACAAGAUGCUCUCGCUGUAUUGCGGGGCAUACAAUUGGUAGUGGAGGCGUUAUGUCGCGAGCAGAGCGCACUAUGUAAAACCCGUUGGAAUCAGUCGAGUGUACGCGAACUUUUGCAAGGUAAUCUACAGCAGAGCGCAAAUUAUAUUCAAAAAGUUGGUGAACAACCUGCUGAAGAAUUGAAAAGAUUACAACAAUUGCUGCAGGAAACCAGUGAACGUACUUGUGUUGUAAUUGAAGGUUUACGUCAAUUAGGUGUUGCGAAACAGCCUUGCGAUUUGCGUAUGAGUCAGCAAAACUUGCAGCGUGCAAUGAGUGACGCUUUCGAUGGCAGCAAUGUUGGUGGCAAGCAGCAGCCAAGUAACUUGAAACCAAAUACUAGUGCUAAUAUAAGUGCUAGCAAUUGUGAUAGCAAUAAAGCGGCUGGCCAAUUGGAUGCUGAACACUUGGAUAUAUCUUCGAUAACAUUAAAUGAGCUGCAAGAUAUAUUAUCCAAACGUAACAAGGAUCGUCAUAUAAGCUUGCGUACACCAGUAACUGAGCAUAAGCAAGUUAAAGAUGACAGUGUGCAAAAAACUGAAACAAUUGCAGCUGCUACCGCUGAAGCAGCAACAACAGGCACCAUAGUUACACCUACAACGGCUGACACAAAACCAGUAACUAGCGCCAUAAAAGCUGAUACAGUUUACGUGGAGAAUAUAUUAAAAGCUAUCGCAGGACAAACGGAAACAACGACAGAUACUGCUCAGCACACGUCAGCAAUCGAAUUACCAACUCUGAGCAAAGUUGCGAAACAACGACGUGUUCCAUCUAGUCGUUUCGGUCGCAUGGCUUCCUUUGGUGGAUUAUUCGCUGGUUUAGGUGUUGGCACCAUAAAUGAAUUAACCAAAGGUGCGCUCGGUCUUGGCGGUUCCAAAAAUUUAAAAGAGGCUUUAUUAAGUCCAGCCAAUGCUGAACGCAUUGUGGACACACUUUGCAAGGUACGCGGUGCAGCUUUGAAAAUCGGCCAAAUACUUAGCAUACAAGAUUCGAAUGUGGUGUCACCGCAGUUGGCAAAAGCUUUUGAACGUGUACGCCAAGCGGCCGACUACAUGCCAGAUUGGCAGGUAGAACGUGUGAUGAACACACAAUUAGGUGCCGACUGGCGUGAUCUACUGGCAUCUUUCGACGAUAAACCAUUUGCUGCUGCUUCCAUUGGUCAGGUGCAUCGCGCAACACUGAAAAACGGCAUGCAAGUGGCUAUAAAAAUUCAGUAUCCUGGCGUAGCACAAAGUAUCGGGAGUGAUAUUGAUAAUUUAGUAGGCAUGCUAAAAGUGUGGGAUGUAUUCCCGCAUGGCGUUUUUAUCGACAAUGUGGUUCAGGUAGCCAAGCGCGAACUCAACUGGGAAGUAGAUUAUACUCGCGAAGCUGAGUAUACUGACAAAUUCAAACAAAUGAUUACUCCUUAUCCAGAAUACUAUGUGCCUACAGUUAUUAAAGAUUUGACCACAGGUAGCGUGCUGACAACAGAAUUGGUGCCGGGUGUGCCACUGGACAAGUGUUUUGACUUAAGCUAUGAGCAUCGUCAUCACAUUGGUUCGUCGGUGCUAAAGCUUUGUUUGCGCGAACUAUUCGAAAUAGAGUGCAUGCAAACAGAUCCCAAUUGGUCGAACUUUCUUUAUGAUGUUGAUACCAAGCGCCUAAUGUUAAUUGAUUUUGGCUCAACACGUUUUUAUCAAAAGAAAUUCAUAAAAAACUAUCGACAGAUAAUUAUAAAUGCCGUGGAAGGCAACCGUGAGGGCGUUUUGCUCAUGUCACGUGAAAUGGGCUUCCUCACUGGCUAUGAAACCAAACAAAUGGAGGAAGCGCAUAUCGACGCCGUAAUGAUAUUGGGUGAAAUGUUCCGUUUCGACGGUGAUUUCGAUUUUGGUAAACAAAAUACCACUGAACGUAUCGCCCAUUUAGUACCAACAAUGAUUGCCCAUCGCCUAUGCCCACCGCCAGAGGAAAUCUAUUCGAUACAUCGCAAAUUGUCGGGCAUAUUUUUGUUGUGCGCUCGCCUUAAUGUACGUCUGAAUUGUCGGCCCUACUACGAAGAGAUUGUGAUUAAGAAAUUUAAGGAAUGAAAUUGUAACAUAUUUACUUAUUUAAGGUUGUGAAAAUUUGCCCUUUUCGAUUUCUUUUUCCAAAUUUUAAGUUUUCACACAUCAUUUCAUUGUUGCGUCUUUCACACCAUUUCCAUUGCUUUUUGAUUGGCCUUUCCAGUGUUUAAAAUCGUACAUAUUUUUUUUUGUCUUUUGAAACGGCAUUUAUGUUAAGCUUAGAGUUAAUUUGAAAUAAUCGAGGAAAUAAAGUAAAACGGACUAAGAAAGUCUCUUUGAUGACUGUAUGUGGUCUUGUUGAACUACUAUUGUAAACAAA